AGACUCGCGCUGAUUCGCACGCUCUCCGCCCCUUCCCUAAGCUCGCGCAGCUCACCGCACGGCACGCACCGCACCACACCGGGCUCCUCCGCAUUCGCUUACCGAGCGCUGUCGGGCUGCUGUGCGAAGUCACCACGGUGGAUUUUUUUUUCCACUGGAGCUGCCGCCAUGUUUUGUUGAAGCAGAAUGACAGCAAGUCGGGGCGGAAUAGGGGGGACGCGCAGCUAAUUUCUCAGUCGCUCGCGAAUUAUCUUCAAUUUUUGUCCGGGAGAUGGUCGUGGGAAUAGACAAGACGGUCGAACGAGGCGCGUUUGAUUUGCUUUGCCCCCCAAAAGUCAACUGAAAGGAUUUAAAAGCAAGUUCAAUUUCCUGGAUAUGCGGUAUUACGUUUUCCUAUGGCGUAGGCACCUUCUUUUAAAAAAACAGUAUUUUGCUUUUUCGGGACAGAAGUCAGACCUUGCAGCAAUAUAAGGGAUACUUUUGUACAUUUUUUUCUACAACUGGCUUAAUAAAAACGACUCGAUCUGUAAUGCUAGGGCACAUCGCUGGCGUACGUAUAACUGGCUGACGGUGCGCGUCUCAGCCCGAGUGCAGGAGUAUAUUUACCAGCAACUUACUAUUAUUAUUGUCAUUAUUAUUUUUGCGCUUAACUAAACUGGUGCUUCUGAAAUAGCUGACGGAGGAUUUUUUUUUGUUGAAGAAGAAGAAGAGGGGAUCUCGUUUUUAUACCUAGGAGCUUUAAAAGGAAACCAUUCAGAGAUGACAAACAGUAUUCCAGCGGAUAUGAUCAACCUGAAGCUCAUCCUGGUGAGCGGUAAAACGAAAGAGUUCCUCUUCUCACCCAAUGACUCGGCCACAGACAUCGCCAAACAUGUGUACGACAACUGGCCAAUGGAUUGGGAGGAGGAGCAGGUGAGCAGCCCUACCAUCCUAAGGCUCAUCUACCAGGGCAGGUUCCUGCACGGCAACGUGACACUAGGAGCCCUGAAACUUCCGCACGGCAAGACGACAGUGAUGCAUUUGGUUGCCAGGGAGACGUUGCCAGAGCCCAAUUCCCAAGGUCAGCGGAACCGUGAGAAGACCGGGGAGAGCAACUGCUGUGUCAUCCUGUAAACAUCGGCAACUGGGUCCCACCGACUGCUGUGCGCUGUGGUCUUUCGUCUUUCAUGCUGCUGAAAUACAUACAUACAUACAUACAUACAUACAUACAUAAUCACACACACACAAAAAAACACACACACAUGUAACCAUACAGUCAAGGGUCACACACACAGGUGCACGUUGUGGCUUGGAGCGUCAGUCGGCUCUUCAUACAAAAAUGAUGAUAAUCAAAACCAGUUGAACAAUGUGGGGAAUAAUGUAAGAACAAAUGGUGUUGGGGAGGUCGUCACAUGGCAGAGCUCCUCUUUGUCGACCAUCUUCCUCUUCUGCCUCCUGCUUCUGCACUAUGUCUGUUCUCGGGAGGACUCUGAGCUUCUCUCCCUGAUGGGUGUUCCUGUAAAUUUUUAAUUUUUUUUUCCUUACCGGGGGAAAUUUAUUUCCACCCAAAAGGGGUUGUUCAAGAAGACGACUGAAGGAGGAGCUCGGUAAAGGGGUCUGGGGGUGUCGUGAUUUGAUUGGAUCACACUAGGGAUUUUGUGAUUUGAUUGGAUCAUUUUAACAGAUCAUUGACCAGUCAUCGCAGCGAUGUGGCAGAGGUAACCAUUUUCAGUUGUGAGACUUUCAUGAUUCGAAUCCAAAAAAAAACUUCAGGUUAACCACUAAAUUAAUCAAACUUGUCAUUUUGUUCGAAAAUGUUACUAGCGUGAUGGCUGACUUAACAUUUGACGUUUGACGUGCCUGUAAUCUUGAUCUGCAGUCGACGGGGAACUAAGGAAUGUUUUUUUGUGUUUUCUAAGGAGAUGGUGUGCUUACUCUGACAUGCAAGUUGUGAACUAAAAUCUUAACAAAAGCCCCCCCCCCCCCUCCCCCGGCUUGGGGAAAAUGGCUGCACCUACUCAGCUACCUUACAUGAGAAGGAUUUACCUUAACAAAUCAUGCAACCAUUUUCUUUGCAUCCACGGCUGUGUUUUGACAGUCUCAGAGAAUUUUAUUGUCCAUCAUAGUGUUUCGCUGUAUUAAAUGACUCCCCCUUAGGGAUGGGUGGGGGCAUUGAGGGGCCCGGUAUAUUGUCGGCACCUUUUUAAAAUGCAAUGCAUCAGCGAACGGUUUUCUGUGUUUGUGGUUCGAGCAGAGGGUAAAUUUGGAAUGAGAUUUUUACUGCCCAGAAAUCAUGUCUUUCUUUGCGUAUGAAAAUCCAUUUGCACACCACAAAGCAUGUGCUAUUUCAUCUACACCUGUACAUUUUUUUAAAAAAUAUUUUUUUCAAUGGGAAUUAUAUUCCAAACUAAAGUUACAAAUGUGUAGAAUAUAUUUAAUAUGAAUCUUAUAUAGUACAUGACUAUAGAUAUUAUUGAUAUAUAUUGGUGUUUUAGUGUAAGAUGGUCUAUAUGAAUAGCUUGCUAGCAGUUGAAACAGUCUUGCUGACAGGAUGUCUUGUACUUUUUAAGCAAACAAACCUUAAUCAUAAACUUUGAUUAUUGUAACGUGUUCUUUUCUUUCUCCUGCCCCCAACUGUUCAUAUUUUUUUUCUGUGGUUAUUGCUUUAAGGAAAAUUCUUUAACACAGUACUAGAUCAUAAAAAAGGUAUUGUUCAUAUUGUAAGAUUUCAUAUCUGUAUAGGACAGAGUUUUCAAAUUGAUUUGUAAAUAGCACUAAAGCUUCUUUUUUUCUUUGAGAACUACAAAUGGAAUAAUUCUUAAAACUAAAUAAAAUAUUGAAUUGCA